AUGGCGUCCUCAGAUGCACCAGACGCGGCCAUCGCCGUCGCGGCCCCGAUUCCAGCCCCUCCUCGCACAGACAGCCACGAACCAUCUGGGGCAAAAGAAGCCGGCAGCGGCGGCAAGCAAUCCCAUCAGGCCACGUGUCUAGAUGGGAAAAAUUGGAGACCUGGCUGCCACCACCGCACCUACAGGACGCCUGCUUGGGAAUCUGAAAAACUCUAUGGAAGGCCAUUGCUGCAGAUGGAUCCAAAUAAAUUUCCUGGCAUGUUCUCCGCAUCUUCGACUGAUGCUUUCAUGUCAUAUGGCGCUGGAGCAUAUCAAUGA